AUUAUGUUUCUCAACACCAACAAGUCUGACCAUGGACGGUGAAAUGAAGAUCAAUCCUACGCUUCUUCUCUCGCCGAGCAAAGCUUCUUUGACGCCUCAGUUUCAUCCGUCUCGCCUCAUUUAACCAUCGCAUUACACCUCAACUUGGUCCUCUGCACACGAUCAUUACCAAACAUCAUCAUGGGUACACCAUCAUGGGCCAUUCCUGUCGGAGUCCUCGCCGGGCUAUGUGUCAUUUGUUUGGCCUUCGUCUGGUGGUUCAUACCACGCCUAUACACCAGAGGCAUGCAAGCAGAUAUGAACCGCUUCGCCGCCGAGAAGGCAGAACGUGAACGUCGAGCGGCCAGCUUACAGGAAGCGAAUGGAGGACCUGGUGAUCUGGAGGCUGGUCUUGCUGUGCCUGCGAAGCCAGUGUUCAAGUAUACACCGCCAGCUUAUACCGCUUAUUAGAACGACAGAAUCAAAACACUCUUUGGAGUUUCGGAAAGGGGCAGGGCUAGGGAAUAAUGAGUCGCGUGAGUAAUGGAAUGUUCCAAAUUUUUGACCUCCAUAGGUACAUUUGUCCUCCAAUCAAUAUCGUGUCUGGCAUUGGCUGUUGCUAUUUGAUACCUCGCAGGGUUGACCUCAUUGCAAAAAGCAUAUCCAUGUCCUCGAUG